AUGAUGCAGCUGGUCCAGAAGAAUCCAGUGCUUUCUCCAGAACCUCAAGAUACUUCCCCUGUUAUCAAGUUGGUGCUCUUCCCCAACCCCUUCUCGACCGCCUCCAAAAUCCCAGCCUCCAUCCUAUGUUGGGUCGCCUGCGUGAGGUUCGUGGCCAACCUAGAAACCGAUGAGGUCUUUACAAAGAUGAGCCUCGUUGCAUCUAUAGGAGAACGCACAAGAGGCAUCUGA